CUGAACUGCGUUUCUAAAAAUUCCAUUUCCCAGUCCAGAUCUCUUUGGGAAAUCCUAACACGGUCCCACGGAUUCCACAACUGAAAUAAUCGCCCACUACCCUGGGUGUAGCCUGAGAUCGAUGGCCUCGUCUAUGCCCAGCAAUUUUGAGAACAUCCUCGCCAGCUUUAAAACCCGACUCUCAUCAGAACACACUGAACUGUUCCAGCUUGCAACUUUUGAUGACCUAAAGGCUUCAAUCAAGAGGAUACAGACGGAACAAGCGGCAAGAAAGGGUCUUCGAAAUCUGAAUAAGAUCAAGCCUUUCUUACACGGCCUGAAACAAUAUGCUGGAGUUCUCGAGGUAUUUGUACAAGCCAAACCCGAGUUACUUGCUUUCAUAUGGGGUCCAAUAAAAUUAUGCCUCCAGAUUGCCUCAAAGCUCAACGAAGCUUUCGACGCGUUGUUGGAUGCGUAUGAGAGGAUAGGGAAUUCUCUACCGAUUCUCUCGACAGUCGACGCAAUAUUUUGCAGCCAUCCCCAUGUGAAGCAGGUCUUGGCCGAUAUAUUCGAGGAUAUCCUAGACUUUCACAAGCGUGCGAUUGUAUUUUUCAAGCAUGGAACAUGGAAGUUAACGUUUAAGUUAACCUACCACACUUUUAGUGACAUGUUUGAGGACAUUUUGAAGAAACUAGACCGAUCCCGAGAUUUGAUACUCCAAUCAGCCAAUGUCGCACAUUUUCAAGAAUCCCAAGAAGCUCGGAUUCUUUUCACCAAAGAAAUGGAAGUUUUGCUAGAUGGACAGCAGAACCAGCGUAGAAUAGCUAUCAUGGACUGGCUUUCGAGUGAAACGAACUCUGCAAUUCAGCACCAAGAACUCCGGAAGAUCCGAGCCAUGCUACCGCAGACGACGCGAUGGAUAUUCUCUCAGCCGCAGAUGUUGGGCUGGCUCAAAUGUACCGAUUACACACCUUGUACAUUUUGGUUGUGCGGAAUUCCAGGAGCCGGCAAGACGGUGAUUUUUAGUUCUGUAAUUGAUGAGAUCAGUGCGACUCUGCCAGAUGCUCAAGUCGUAUACUUUUAUUGCAAGAACAACGACCCACUUCGAUCACACUUCACAGAUAUUGCCAAGAGUCUUAUUUCACAAAUCUUUCAGAUUAAUCCGAACAGCUUGGAUUUCAUUUAUGAGUCCAUGCUCGCAGGCGGCGAGCGGCGAGCCAAGGAUCCAUCGAAACUUCUUCAAAUCCUCGGCCAGAUAUUAACAAAUCAUGAUUCAUUAUAUAUUGGAAUCGACGGCCUAGACGAAUGUUCUGAAGAAGAACGAAAGCUGUUUUCGAACCUGAUCACUAUCGGUUCGAGAACGAACGAUGAGCAGGCAAAUGUUCGAAUAAUUGUCACGAGUCGACAAGAGAAAGACCUCGAGAAAUCGUUGAAAACAGCAACCAAGUUCAAUAUAAAACCGCAGAAUCUUGAAAAUGAUAUCACAGCAUAUGUCACAUUCAAAAUGGCUCAGUUAUGCCAGAGAUUUAAGUUCACUCAGGAAAGGGAGCAACUUAUCUCAAAGGAGAUCUGCACACGGCCCAAGGGGAUGUUCCUUCUGUCUCGCCUCAUAAUGGACAAUUUGUUAUCUCAAGACAAUCUAGAAGAUCUAAACCAAGAGCUAAGAUUUGAGGUGCUACCUCAUGGCAUAAAUGAAGCAUACGGCCGUAUGCUCGUCAGAAUUGGGAAAGCCACCUCCAGGAAUCCCAAUCAAGUGGAAAAGCGUCUGCAGAGAGCAAAGCUCGUCCUCACUCUCGUCACCACCUCAAAACGAGUGUUAUAUGCUCAUGAAAUUCAAGGCGCUCUUGCCAUCAAUCUCGAUGAACAGAAUGUCGACUUCGAAAAUCGGCAUUCGAGAUUUCCACUUGAUGAUCUCUGCGGGCCAAUAAUUCAAAUUCGUCAGAACGGAAUUGUUGAUUUGAUACAUCCAACAGCAAAGGAAUAUCUGUGGCAACAUCACAGCGGUUAUUACAUCAAAAGUUCUGAGGCCGAAGAAUUUAUGGCGACUUUCUGCACCUCGUACCUUACAUUUGAUCCGUUCAGUCCAGGAUGCGCGGAAGACACAUUUGCUGCAAGCGUCUUGAGUGGUGACCUUGCUUUUCAAGAAUAUGCGGCAUGCAACUGGUUCAAGCAUUUGGAAUCUCUUUUAAGGACUACCAACAUUGAAACAGUAAUCCCGAAAUCCCUGCAGAAAGCAAUUCUGAUACUACAAGAGCGUCAGAGGAUUCAGUCAGCGUGCUCAUGGGAAUUUGAAUCAGGUCGACUAUGCAGAGCAGACUUUAUUCGGUUAUCGAGUGAGAUCCAACAGCUUUAUGACCAGACGGACACAAUAUUAACAGAAGAUCCAGAGACACAAGAGCGACUGCCAUACUUAUUAGGGCAAAUCUGUCAUUCUCGGUCCGUGAUUGAAGGUCAGGUCAUCCAGGGUGCGGAGCAGGACAAUCUCGACAAGUUUUAUGGGAAAUCGCCAUUUCGAUGCCCAGUUUUGCGGUGUCCUUACUUUGUGGCCGGAUUCGGAACCCACAAGGAACGCGAAAGGCAUUGCAAUCAGCACCGGAGAUCAUUCAUGUGCCCCCAUAACACCUGUGACUAUUCUGUACUGGGUUUACCAUCGGACUCGGCCCUGAAAACCCAUCUCGGUCUAUGUCACGAGGAUCUGCCCCAGACUCCAGUAUUCCCGGAUAUCAAAACUCGCACUUUGGAACAGGCACUCGAAGACGCAAUAGCGGCGAAUAACCUCCUGGCCGUCGCGGCUCUAGCGAGAGAGCUGACUUCCUUUCCACAGAGGAAGACGGGCUUUGUUUUGCAAGCUCUGACACUAGGAUAUAGGAAAGCAGCAUUAACUCUCCUGGACUUGUUGGGGACACCUUCUGAACUCAACCACGUUCACAAAAAGAGUACAUCUAUACUCAAAGUAUGUGAGAUCGGAGAUGAGGAGCUUUUUGAUAUUCUAGUAGAGAAAGGCGCCGACAUCAAUAUCCGAGUGGGUGAGAGUGCCCUCGCGAUAGCUUCUCGAAACUGCCACAUCUCCAUUGCUAGGAAGUUGCUAGAUGACAAGAAUUACCUAAGAUCCAGGUCCUAUGCAUCUUAUACCGAAACAGGUGCGCUUGCUAUGGCAUCCACACAUGGACAUUUGGAAGCCGUAUCUCUUCUCUUAGAAAAAGACUCGGAUCACUAUGUUAAAAAAGCCCCAAGGGAUUUCAAUCGAGCACUGAACGCAGCGAUCAAAGAAAAGAAGGUGUCAUGCGCCAAAAUUCUCCUGGGCUGGGCACUCAAAAAAGAUCCGUCGAUACUUCCGACUAAGUUACGCAAAUUUUCGGAAGAGGAUAUCGAUCACAUGAUAGAAAUUUUGUACACAGAGCAGGCCAAGGUUAUCGAGGAAGGUGGUGGGACAAAAGGAAACGUUCUACAAGCGGCGGCCCGUAAAGGAGAUUGCGAGGCCGUUUCACAUCUCCUUGAUUUAGGAGCCGAUAUCGAUUAUCUUCGAGGGAAUUAUGGGACGCCGAUGAUGGCUGCUGCAUCAAAUGGCAAGCUUGAGGUCGUUCGCUUGUUGUUUGAGAGGGGAGCUGAUUUCACGAAGAAAGAUGACCAGAAAUACGGAAGUGGGGGGUCAGCAAUUGACUUAGCAGCGGUUCAAUGCCACGAAACAGUGGUUCGAGAGCUGUUGGACAAAGGAGCUGUUUUUACACACGAGAUGAUCAACUGGGUUCAUUACAAGCGAAACACAAGCCUUCAAGCACUUGCUCAGAGGGCCAACUCAGCUAGUGCAGCAGCCCUGGUCAGGCUUCUUCUUGAAAAUGGAGCAAACGUUAAUGCAGUAGGAAAUAGAUCCGAGUAUGAACAAGAGUCGCGGAGACCUUUGCAACUUGCGGUGGAAUAUGGGGAAGAUGCCACCUUGAAAGUAUUGCUGGAGUACGGCGCUGAUGUAAACGACAAGAGCAGCGACUCUGAUGGUAACACGGCAUUGCAUAUAGCAGUUAAGUUGGGGAAUCCAGCGAAAUUAGGAAUUCUCCUAGACCACGGGGCCAACAUCAAUGCGAUCAAUACCAACGGAAAGACUGCGUUAAUGCUGGGAGUAACGUGUUCUCCUUGGGAGAUAUAUCGACAAGUUCUUCAAAUCCUUAUUGAAAGGGGGGCUAAUAUUGAGAUGGUUGAUAACGAUGGGAACACAGCGCUCAUGGUUGCUGCCAAACGACUGGAUCAACCACUGGAAGUGAUUCAAACUCUUGUUGAAGGGGGAGCGGAAGUUUGGAGCGCUGUGGAAUCAGCUGCUCGGAGUAGCCAAGUUGAAAUCGCUCGGGUUCUCCUAAAGUCUUUAAGCAAGACUGCUCUCAGAGAUCAUCGAUAUCUGCUCUCGCUAGCAUUGUCUUUAGAGUAUUCGAAGGAGUUUGCCAAUUGGGAUAUGAUUUCCUUACUUACAGAAUACGGAGCAACUGUUGUCCGUUUAGCACAAGAAUCAAGCGUCAACCAGGAAUUCUGGGACCAGACAGCUGGUGGCGUUGAGGGCUAUCAGGAUGACCAAGAACUAUUCUAUACAGAUCAGGACUUCCAAGCUGAUGGGGAUUCCCAGAUGGAAAAGGGUGUCGGCGUCGGGGAGAAAGGCGAAGGUGAGCUAACGUAUGAUAUCGAAGGAUCUCUUAAUGAGCAUUAGCAAACUUGGUAAUGAGAUGGCUUCACUUUUUAUUAAGCGAACUUAAAUUGCUCUUAGAAACUGUCAGGCUGCAUCCAAAAAGGUUCUCUGCGCGUUCGUUUGAGCCAAAUAGUGUUAUAUGGCCGUGGAUCUAGCCCUGCUCCUUCUCUUCAUCUUUCUUAUAAGGCAAGCAGUAAUUGUGAUAACCAAC